AGUACUGCGGUUAUCAAGCAAUAAUAAAAUAUUCCAAUAACAUUAUAAAAUCGUUAAAAGAACUAUUAUCAAAUAUUUUAAAAACAGUUUUUAAUUAAAAAAUAAAUAAUUAAAUAUUCUGGACCCUAGUUAAUUGUUUAAAUAUUUAAAAUGUUUUUAAAAACCAUAACACUGUCUUUUUGCGUGGCAUUGUAUUUUUUGCAAUGUCAAGGUGGUCCACCUGAUGAUGUACAACGUAAUACAAUAGGAAGAAUUGUCGGUGACUUAUACGUGCCAAAUACGCCCCUAACCUACGAAGAAUUUUUAACAAUAUUUAACCAAGUAAAACAGGCAACAAAUGCAGCUGGAGAACUUUCCAGCCUUGUUGAUUUAGAACGGAGUAUAGCAGCUUCUACAAUUAAGGUAAAAGAUGCUAUAGCUUGCGCCCAAUCUAUAUUUGGUGACGAUGAAGCGACGGAUCUUGUAGAACGAUUUUGCCAUGAAAAUCGUUCUCGAAUAUUCGGUACCAUAGAAUUUAGACAAUUAGUUGAUAUCAUUCAUGUUGUAAAACAGACAAUGCAAAAGGAUUUAAACAUUGACACUGCUGUCCAAAUAAAAGAUGAAAUAAUAAAACGCAUGUAUCCUUGUGGGAGCUACUCUGAUACCGUUACCACCAUUAUAGAGAAUUUAGAAUUUUGAUUAUAUUAUUAACUGUUAUUAAACUAACAUAUAUGUACUAUGUAGUAUGCCACAUACAAAUAUGUAGUCUUGAUUGAUUAAUAAAUAUUUUUGCUCUUA